CAGGCAAAUCCCCGCUCUACUUUCAGAUGUGUACACAUAGCCUACCUACACACAUGCACAAACACACGCUGAAAACACAACACAUAUAGCUAAUAACAGCAACUUAACGAUACAUACAUAUCAAACACACUCAAAAACAGGUGCAUGCACAGUUGUUUUCUCGCAGUAAAAUGUGUGGAAGGACUGCGUGCACCCUUGCUCCUGACGAGGUGAGCCGAGCCUGCAGCUACAGAUCCCGGGGAGGACAGAGGAGAGAGCCCCGCUGGAGGGAGGGAGACGCGGAUAAAUACCGACCGUCUUACAACAAGAGCCCGCAGUCCAUGAGCCCCGUCCUGCUGUCCCACAGACACUUUGAUAAGACUGCUCCUGUCGAUGAGUGUGUGUUGGCCUCCAUGCGUUGGGGUCUGGUGCCCGCCUGGUUCAAGGAGAAUGACCCGCGCAAAAUGCAAUACAGCACCAACAACUGUCGCAGUGAGAAUAUACUGGAGAAGAAAACAUACAAGGACCCUCUGAUAAAAGGGCAGCGCUGCGUCAUCCUGGCUGAUGGCUUCUAUGAGUGGAGGAGGCAGGAAAAAGACAAGCAGCCUUUCUUCAUAUACUUCCCUCAGACUAAGGGAACCAGUGAAGAAAAAACCGAGGAUGAGGACGACCCCAUGACCUCAACCCGCAAUAAGGAGAACUCAGAGACAGCGUGCCCUCCAGAGUUGGCCUCCCCUAACUCGACUCAGGGAGGAGAACCAGGUGAGUGGACUGGAUGGAAGCUGCUGACCAUGGCUGGACUGUUUGACUGCUGGACGCCUCCCGGUGGUGGAGAACCCCUCUACACGUACAGCGUAAUCACUGUGAACGCCUCCAAAAGCCUGGAAAGCAUCCAUGACAGGAUGCCAGCUGUCCUGGACGGUGAGGAAGAAGUGAGAAGAUGGCUGGAUUUCGGGGAUGUGAAGUCUCUGGAUGCCUUGAAGCUGCUCCAGUCUAAAAACAGUUUGACUUUUCAUCCCGUCUCCUCGUUAGUGAAUAACUCUCGGAACAACUCCCCAGAGUGCCUUCAGCCAGUGGAUCUCAACAGCAAAAAGGAGCCCAAACCCACAGCCAGCAGUAAGAUGAUGAUGAGCUGGCUGAAGAGCAGCGCACCUUCAAAGAGGAAGGACCCCGACACGGGCGAGAGUCCAGAAGAGAAAGAAAUCAAAGCAGAGGCUCAGAGCAAAUCUGCAGGAGGCCUCCAGCAGUGGCUUCAGGGGGCCAAUAAGAAACCAAGAACCAAAUAAAGAUGUGAACUUGUACAUUUAAGCCAUAUUUAUUCCUCUUCUCUAUAGUAUGCCUUUGCGUAUAAACCAAUAGUAUUUUAAGAUAACGCUUCACAUGUUUGUACCAUUUCAUUUCAGUAUGUUAAUAAAUGUCAGAAAUAACCA